UUGCUAUGUAGUCUUUGCAAGAUGGGAGCAGAAAAAUUCUCUUGCAGCAUAUGAAGCAUUGGUUUCUAUUCUCAGGGUUUUUGCUUCAACAUUCUUUCCUCGUUUUCUUUAUGUGGUUGAGGAAAGUGAGGAAACGUUUCAGAGGCAGAAGGAAGGCCUCGGUUGGAUUUUAUGUGUCUGUCUUUCAUUCAAAUAUUAAUAAUCUCCUAGGGUCAGGAGUUUUGGCUAGAACUCGAAGGAGCUGUUUUGUUGGAUAUUAAGUGGGCCUGCCUGGAAUCCUUGUUGUCAAUUCCUUCGUAUGCUCUAAAGAAUGGGUUUAAUUUGGAGGAAAACCACGCAUUGUUCUCAGAUGACACUCUAAAAUGCAUUUUUGGGUGACCUUGUCGAGAGUCUUGAAAAUGCUGGAGAAAGUUGUGUGCUACCCAUGCUGAGAUCAGUCAGAAUGUUUAUUUGAGCUGGUUGCUAAAGUGACGUCAAAAACAGUUGUUUCCCGUUGUCACUUAAUCGACACCCAGAUGAUGUGGAAUUUGGUUCGGUCCUCUUGGAUAUUGCAUGUAAGUUGCAAUAAGCGAAGGGUAGCAUCAAUUGCUGCUCUGUUGUCAUCUAUUAUGCAUCCUUUGGUAUUUAAUGAUGAGAGCAUGCACGAAACAGACAAUGCACCUGGACCCCUGAAGUGGUUUAUUGAAAAUCUUCUAAAGGAGGGCACAAAGAGUCCUCGUACAAUUCGUCUUGCAGCUUUGCACUUGACAGGAUUAUGGUUCUUAAAUCCUAGGAUUAUAAAGUUUUAUCUGAAAGAACUCAAGUUGCUAUCUCUGUAUGGAUCAGUUGCAUUUGAUGAGGAUUUUGAAGCUGAACUUUCUGACAACAGUGAUGCUAGACUGGAAGUCUCUAUACUGGCCAGUAGUCCUGAUCCCGAGCUUACUGAAGCAUUUAUUAAUACAGAGUUGUAUGCACGUGUAUCAGUCGCUGUUCUGUUUUACAAGUUGGCAGACUUGGCCAGGAUGGCGGGAUCCCGAAAUGAAGAUGCAGACUGUAUUGCAGCAGCACAAGCAUCUGGCAAAUCAUUUCUGUUAGAGCUUCUUGAUUCUGUGGUAGUAGAUUACUAUUAUUAUCAACUAAUGCUAAGAAUUUAUUUCUAUGCUAAGUUUGAAGUAGGUUUUACUACUAGAUUAUUUUGAAGAAAGACAUGAUUUGUAUGUUAUAUUUGGGUUUCG